GAAGAGAGCGGCCAGGUGAAGGCAAGUGUACCGUCACCAGGACAAAGGUGUAACUGGAUACAGCCGGGCUGUUAGACUUACAAGUUUUAACUUUAAUCCGCGUACGGUUUUAGCUAUGUCUUUGACCCAGGAAUCCCUCCUGUUCCUGCUGAUAGCAGAGGGGGGCAAAGUGAAGAAAUCCGACUUAGUGGGUAAGUUCAAGGGUUCAAUAGACUGCAGCGAUCCCGCACAGAAAGAACGGAACAGGGAGCUUUUCAAGACUUUUGUCAACAACGUCGCCUUUGUUAAAGAAAUCGACGGUGUCCGGUACGUUGUCGUCAAGAAAGUGUAUCAGCAUUUGCUGGACGGGGUCCACCCUGCGGAAAAGACCGAUAAUAAAGAGAUCCCACUGACAGGUGAGCAGCAGCGCCCACCUGCGCGGAGCCAGGAGACUGACAAUGCAGGAGGGGAGAGAUCAGCUGUUUCUGAGCCUGAUCGAGAGCAGGCAAGCAGUGAAAGCAGUGACAACCCUGCAGAGUCACUUUCCCUCAUACAGCUGGCACUGCAAAGGAGCAAAUCUAUGGAUGUGAAAGUUAAAAGAAUGCUGAAUUUUGAGAUCCAAAGGGAGGACACGCAGGGGGAUGCCUGCUCAAGAAGGGGCGCAGUAAAUGAACCAAAGAGCAAACCUUACGCCUUACCUCUGAGAGUGCCGCCCAGCACCACCAAAGUGGAGACCCGCAAACUUAAAGGGGACCCACAUGACCUCCCUGGAAGCCCCAAACCAGACUGCUUCAGGAACAAGAGAAGCAGCAGCAUCAGCUCCCCCCAACUGGGGAGGGCGGUGAAGAGCACCAAGGCGACAGAGGAGCCCAAAGAGAUGAGGGGGCCCUCCCUGGUUCCCCUGGAGCAGUCGGAGCAUGAAUGGCUGGUCAAGUGUGCCGCCGGCAAGUGGAGCCAGGUUUACGGCCUGCUGCUGAGAGACAACCAGCUGGCUCAGAAGAGGGACUUCAUGUCGGGGUUCACCGCCCUGCACUGGGCAGCCAAAUGCGGACACAGCGAGAUGCUCGUGAAUAUCGUCAACCUGUCCAAGCAAGGAGGGGUUGACAUUGACAUUAAUGCAAAAACGCACGGCGGAUACACUCCUUUGCACAUCGCCGCCCUGCACAACCAGGAGUACAUCAUGGCCAUGCUGGUGGGGGAGUACAAGGCCGAUCCGAGCAUCAGGGACAACUGCGGGAAAAGGGCCUACCACUAUCUGCACAAAGGCACUUCUGGGAUGUUGAGAGAGAUGCUGGGUGAACCCAAAGCCCAGCCGGUUCAGGAAAGGGCCCAGGAGAGGGCCCUGCAUGAGAAAGAAGAGCUGGACCUGCUACCGGAUCUCUCCAAGAGCCUGCAUUCGAUAAGCCGUCUCUUCCAGCCCCACGUGACGGGCCCCAAGAAGAAGCACAAGCAGAGACCAGGUUUUUACUCGGCGAGCAACAACCCCAGCGAGGAACAGGAGGAGAACAACAGCAGCAGCAGCAGCAGACCCAGACUGGCAUCAGAUGUUUUUAACUAAACUCAGAACUCUCCUGGUUUCAUGUUGUCUGACAUUAAUAUUUGGCAGAUGACAUAAAAGAUGGAAUUCUUAUCUGAUGUGAUAUGCAUAGUUUGGUUGUGUGGGGUCAAAGGUGAUUAAUUGAUUCUGAGAUAGAGACGGAGCGUUUCAGAUGUUUACAGGUGUGAAUAAAACAUGAUUCAGAAGAUUUUCCUGGCGGGUCUUGUGACUCGUCCUGUUACUCACUGUCUGUGGCUUCAUCAGUCUGUCUCUCUGCAGUUCACCUUCAGGGGAACUCGACACUGAGCUUAACAAUAUUACUGAAACAUUGUUUAUUUUAUGCUGAUGAUUUAAAUGUAUGUUUAAUCACUGGUUUGUUAUGAAUUCAUGUUUUUUAUUUGCCAUUAGCAUUUCAGUUUAAAACAAAUCUGCACCUAGCACUUAAACCAGUACAGUAGCUGCACAAAUGUCAUACAUUCCCAUUAACUGUGAUUUUAAAUGAACUGUAACAUAAGGAAUAAAUCAGACUAUACACUA